AUGACGACGACGUCGGACUCGCCGACCGUCUGGACGACGCUUCCGCAGCAGAACGUGGCGGCGCCGGUGGAGAAAGACGCGACCGAAAUAGUCUCAAUCUCGGAGGCCUACGGUACGUCGUAUCCAUGGGGGGGACCAUUGCGUAACCGUCUCGGACCGUCUGCCGCCUCCUCCGUCUCCAAACUCUCUCUCUCUCUCUCUCUCUCUCUCUCUCUCUCUCUCUCUCUCUCUCUCUCUUCUUGACCCCCUGCACGGUCCGUUCGUGGGCGGGGAGGUGCCUAUCCGUGUGUGUGUGUGCUCCGAGCACACACAUGGCCGACAUUUGUUGUUAUAUCGUCGACGACACGGGUGGGCAACGACGUUUCUCUCUCUAUUGUCUGUUUCUUCCGUCCUUUCAUCGCAUUUUUAUCGUUUGGGAAUUUGUCUCUUAAUCUGCCGUUUCUUCAAUUUCGACUGAUUUGGGCCUCUUCUCAGGUAAUUUUCGGCAAAGUGCCGCAUGAAUUGGGCAUCCGUGCCGUUUUCCGCGGCAAAUUGCUGUAAGCGUGCCGAUUCCGUGCCACUUCCUUGCUACCGUUGCUGCUCCCGUGCCGCUCAAAAACCUUGCUUCCCUCCCUCCCAUCCCACUCUUUUCUGUUGCACGCCCUAUCCAUGCUGAUGCCAUGCCGGAUCCGUGCGUGACACAUGCUCACCCCAUGCUACCCGUAGCAACUUGCUGUUCGCUUGCCGCUAAUUACCUGAGAAUUUGUGCCGUUAGUAUUUUACGUUUAGUUUUGUGCCAAGAUUCGCUCCAGUUUUUCAUUUGCUUCAACAGUUAAGACAAUUUAUCUCAGCUGCCGGUGGAGAUAUCAAAAAGUGUUCAACUAAUAAAAUGUUCAUCAACUCAUUUGGUACAUUUUAACAGUUGACAACGUUUUGACAGCUCUACAAAUAGCUGAGAUACAACGAGUUUAAUAAACAACUACGCUAACCCACUCUUUUGUGCAGGUCAAAGUUCCGCAACGACAUCGCUCUCGGUGACCACUCCGUACCAAUACAAUUCCUAUCCGACGAGUACCCAAUACGCCAUGUACACUUCCUCGAAUCCGGCCAGCUACUACGAGCAAAUGGCGUCGAACCUCCGCGCUCAGACCACCGCAUUUCCGUACAGUCUCACGGCAACACCAUCGUAUUUUGGUAGGCCUGACGGAUCCAUUUCUCUUUAUCCUCUCCGUUUUCUUACAGCAGGAGCGUAUCCGGUGGAUUACACCUCGGCGGCGGCCUAUCAGAACACGUACUACCCGCGCGCGCCGUACUACAAUCCACUGAACACGGCGGCCGCCUAUGUGGUACCGUAAUCCCUAUCCUCUUCCAUUUCCUAACCGUAUCCUCCUUCAGAGCGUCGCCUCGUCAGUACUCGGCACCGAUGCGGCAAGUCUCACAGAGUCGGCCACGUCGGGAGUCAGCGCCACGUCAUCAUCGUCCGGCGGCGGUUUCAAUUUGAAGGAGAAGAAGCAGAAGCCGAAAAAGAAGAAAACGGGCUCGUGCAGUCCGGGAGACGAGACCUACGCGCGCGUUUUCAUUUGGGACCUCGAGGACAUCACCAUCCUCUCGCGCAACUUUUUGGCCUCUAUCGCUCAACGAUUUCCCGUCUACCUCGGAGCCACGAGCAGCAUUUCACAGCUUAUGGACAGCGUCGCGUUGACCAGUUUCUCCGAUAUCAAUGAGGUACAUUUUCUCUGGGUUAGCUUUGAAAAUCAUACUUUAUUGGACUUGUUCAUCCCGAAUAUGGCUUGAAUGAGACUUUGAACUUUUCAUAGCUUACGGCGACCAAAAGUGUAGAAAGGGGCGUGGCCUAAUCUGAGACGCGUUUUCUGAAAAUUGCCGCAAUUCUGGCACUUUUCCGCCAUUUUUGUGCUUGAUAUUGACGAAAAACGACAUUAAAAAGAGAAAACAUUGAAAUUUUCGUGAAAACGCCGCGUUUAACACGUUUUUGGCAUAUUUCGCAAUACGCCCUCCGCGGCCAAUCGCCGCCGCAAUUUCGGAAUUUUCAUACCGGCCGAUGUGGAUAGUUUUGAGACGAAGUGAGUGUCGGAAGUGAUUAAGCACGUUAAUACAAGAAUUUUAAGCGUUCAAACGGCAAAAAGUAUCGGCGAAUGACUGAAAUUCGCGCAUUUUCAGCAAAAAAAUUGAAAAUCGAUUAAAUUUAUUUAUUCUCCCAAUGAAACUUGCUCGUUUUAAGCUCAAAAAGUGCGCGAUGAUUAGUUUAACAAAGUGAUGCAAUUACAUCGUCGAAAUCGUACAAAAUUUGGGUAAUUUUUGAAAAAAAAAAACAUGAAAAAUAGGGUCAAAUUUCGAAAUUCACGCCGAAAUGGUGAUAAAACACUCGAAAGCAAUUAAUUUCCGACAGGAGUAGCUUUGAUUUGUGUGUAUUUUCCAAGAAAAAUAAUUAACUGACAGCAUGUGCGGCACUUGCAGAAAGGGGCGUGGUCUUUUCAGUUGCGAAGCGGUCGCGUUGCGGACUUUAUCGAUUCAGCUAAAUGAACGAAAUGUUUUGCAGGUGCUCGAAGGCGACGUAACAAACAUUGACGAUGCGGUCGUCGAAGAAGGCUCCAUGGACGGCGGACCGAUGGACAAUUUGCGCGGCCUGGACGUGAUGCGUCGCGUCGCGCCCAAAUACUCGGCGUUCCGUCAGUUCUACACGGACCUGUCGAGCAAAUUGCCGCAAAAUGAGGGUUUCAAGCAGGAGCAGAACGUCUUCAACUAUGGUUUGUCGUGUUUUGUUAAGACGAAAAAUUGAAAAGCAACUCUGCAGAACUAAUGAAUCACAUUGGAAUGGCGGCGCGCGAGACGGAAAUGUGUCAUUCGGCGCACGAAAUUUCGCGGCUUUCGAACUUUCAACAGCGUUGGCAAUGCGCACAACGCUGCAUGGAUCUCGUGGUGAAGCGAUCGGCCGAAUCGACGGACAAGUACGCGAACGUGGUGUUGUCGAAUGACGGCGUCGUGUUCGGCGCCGCCCAACUCAUGCUCUCCGGGCUCAGCGGCGCCGUGCCCAUCGAGAACGUGUAUUCGGUGUCGAAGCAGGGAAAAGAGUCGAUUUUCGAGAAGAUUCAGACGAGAUACGGCAAAAAGUGCAGUUUUGUGUGCGUCACCGCCAGCGACAGCGCCGCCACCGCCAAAAGGGUUCGUUUUUGGGUGUUUUCUCUCGGAAAAACCGAUUUUCGUGGGGGAAUUCAAAGUUUUCCCGGGUUUUUCUCAUGUAAAUUUAAAUUGCGCUCGAAAAAUCAUUUUUUUAACGAAACGUGAAAUGUUUUUCGGCGAGGAAGCUGAAAAGUCGAUAAUUUAACGAAAAAUGCGGAGCUUUGACUCGUUCUUUGAGGAAAUUGUUAAAAAAGUCGAUAAAGCUAGCUCAAAAAUGGAGUUUAUGAGCAUUUUGACGGGAAAUCAAAAUUUUCCAGCUGUCCAUCCCGGUUUGGCCUCUGCAAACCGACAACGACCUCGACAAACUCUACAAUGCCAUGACCAACUAUCUGCUCGGCUGA